AUGAUAUAUAUCACGUUCUUUGCUCCUUCAAAACACUGCCAUGAUGAAUGGAUAAAGAGAUGGAGUGAAAGGCACUUGGAGAAGACAAGGCAAGUAAUGAAGGAAGAACAAGUCAAGCAGAAGGAGAACAUGAAUUUGACCAACUGUACAAGAGCAACUGAAUUUAUUAUUGUUGGAUUGCCAAGUGUUUCAGGAAUGGAUAACAUGAUGUAUGCUAGUGUGUUUCUGCUCUACCUCCUGUGUCUGAUGGGCAACGGGCUCAUCAUUGUGAUGGUAAUUGUGGAUCACCAUCUCCAGAAGCCCAUGUAUUUCUUCCUUAGCAACCUUUCAGUCAUUGACAUUGGACACACUACAGAUUUUAUUCCUAAACUGCUGGUCAAUUAUCUCUCUGCAAACAAUUCCAUCUGUUUCUACUGCUGUAUGGCACAGUUGUACUUUUAUUUCUUUUUUGGGGUGACAGAAUAUUUUAUCAUCACUUUGAUAUCCUUGGACAGAUACCUAGCCAUCUGCCAUCCUUUGAGAUAUGCCACUAUCAUGACUUCUGGAGUCUGCCUUAAACUGGCAGUAGGUGCCUGGUGUGGAGGCUUUUUCUCCAUUCUUUAUCAGAUAAUAAUUGUUGCUAAACUACCCUUCUGCACCUCUAAUAUUAUCAAUCAUUUCUAUUGCGAUGUGGGACCUCUGUUGAAGAUUGCAGGAGGAGAUAUACGGGUCAUUGAAGCCCUCGGUUUCCUAAUUACCGUGCUUGUGGUUAUGUCCUCCAUGCUUUUCACCCUCAUCUCUUACCUCUUCAUCAUUUCCACCAUUCUCCGAAUGCCUUCAACCUCUAGGCAGCAGAGGGCCUUUUCGACAUGUGCUUCCCAUCUGAUUGUAGUCACCAUUUUGUAUGGCUCAGUUUUUUUUUUUGUUUAUUUAAGACCAACUGUCAAGAACUCUUCCUAUAGUAAGAUGAAGUCUGUUUCUGUUGUGAAUACUAUAGUCGUUCCAGUGCUCAAUCCUUUCAUUUACACCAUUAGGAACCAUGAAGUGAAAGAAGCAGUUUGGAAAGCAUUAAGAAAAAAGACUCCAGCUUUCCCUAAACUCUAA